AUGUGUCCGCAGAAGUCGAUAGUGAGUAAUAGGGAAAGCGCCCAGCUCCCAUUCCCCGCUGCGUCGCACUCCAUCUACCCCCCGUUUCGCCAUCCCUUUCAUCCUCGGUACGCACUCCCUUUUCCCCUCGUUUCACGCUCCCAUUCCCCCUCGGAACGCGCUCCCGUCACCCCCUACGUGGACCACUCCUAUUGUUUCGGGUGUCGCGCUCCUUUUCCGCCUCGUUUAGCCCUCCACUUCCCCCUCGUGACGCACUCCCUUCCCCCCUCGUUUCGCACUCUCUUUCCCCCUCGUUUUGCACCCCAUUUCCCUUUCGUACCGCGCUCCCUUUCCCCCUCGUUUCGCACUCCCUUUACCCCUCAAUUCGCCCUCCCAUUCCCCCUCGUUCCGCACUCCUUUCCCCAUCGUGUCGCUCUCCCUUUCCCCCUCGUUUGUCACUCCUUUCCCCCACGGUGGCACUCCCUUUCCCCCUCGUUUCGCCCUCCCUGUCCCCCUCUUGUCACACUCCCUUUCCCCCCCGUUUCGCCCUCCCUUUCCCCCUCGUUUCGCACUCCCUGUCCCCCUCGUGUCACACUCUCUCUCCCCCUCGUUUCUCUCUCCCUUUCCCCCACGGUGGCACUCCCUUUCCCUUUUGAUAGCACUCCCUUUCCCCAUCGUUUUGAACUCUCUUUCCCCCUCGUUUCGCACCCCAUUUCCCCCACGGUGGCACUCCCUUUCCCCCUUGAUAUUGCUACCAUUCCCCCUCGUUUCGCCCUCUCUUUCCCCUUCGUUUCGCACUCCCUCUCCCCCUCUUGUCACACUCCCAUUUCCCUCGUGUCGCACUCCUUUUCCCCCUCGUUUCGCACUCCCUGUCCCCCUCUUGUCACACUCCCUUUCCCCCUCGUUUCGCCCUCCCUUUCCCCCUCGUUUCGCACUCCCUGUCCCCCUCGUGUCACACUCUCUCUCCCCCUCGUUUCUCUCUCCCUUUCCCCCACGGUGGCACUCCCUUUCCCCUUUGAUAGCACUCCCUUUCCACACCGUUUUGAACUCUCUUUCCCCCUCGUUUCGCACCCCAUUUCCCCCACGGUGGCACUCCCUUUCCCCCUUGAUAUUGCUACCAUUCCCCCUUGUUUCGCCCUCUCUUUCCCCUUCGUUUCGCACUCCCUCUCCCCCUCUUGUCACACUCCCAUUUCCCUCGUGUCGCACUCCUUUUCCCCCUCGUUUCGCACUCCCUGUCCCCCUCUUGUCACACUCCCUUUCCCCCUCGUUUCGCCCUCCCUUUCCCCCUCGUUUCGCUCUCCCUGUCCCCCUCGUGUCACACUCUCUCUCCCCCUCGUUUCUCUCUCCCUUUCCCCCACGGUGGCACUCCCUUUCCCCUUUGAUAGCACUCCCUUUCCACAUCGUUUUGAACUCUCUUUCCCCCUCGUUUCGCACCCCAUUUCCCCCACGGUGGCACUCCCUUUCCCCCUUGAUAUUGCUACCAUUCCCCCUUGUUUCGCCCUCUCUUUCCCCUUCGUUUCGCACUCCCUCUCCCCCUCUUGUCACACUCCCAUUUCCCUCGUGUCGCACUCCUUUUCCCCCUCGUUUCGCACUCCCUGUCCCCCUCUUGUCACACUCCCUUUCCCCCUCGUUUCGCCCUCCCUUUCCCCCUCGUUUCGCUCUCCCUGUCCCCCUCGUGUCACACUCUCUCUCCCCCUCGUUUCUCUCUCCCUUUCCCCCACGGUGGCACUCCCUUUCCCCUUUGAUAGCACUCCCUUUCCACAUCGUUUUGAACUCUCUUUCCCCCUCGUUUCGCACCCCAUUUCCCCCACGGUGGCACUCCCUUUCCCCCUUGAUAUUGCUACCAUUCCCCCUCGUUUCGCCCUCUCUUUCCCCUUCGUUUCGCACUCCCUCUCCCCCUCUUGUCACACUCCCAUUUCCCUCGUGUCGCACUCCUUUUCCCCCUCGUUUCGCACUCCCUGUCCCCCUCUUGUCACACUCCCUUUCCCCCUCGUUUCGCCCUCCCUUUCCCCCUCGUUUCGCACUCCCUGUCCCCCUCGUGUCACACUCUCUCUCCCCCUCGUUUCUCUCUCCCUUUCCCCCACGGUGGCACUCCCUUUCCCCUUUGAUAGCACUCCCUUUCCACACCGUUUUGAACUCUCUUUCCCCCUCGUUUCGCACCCCAUUUCCCCCACGGUGGCACUCCCUUUCCCCCUUGAUAUUGCUACCAUUCCCCCUUGUUUCGCCCUCUCUUUCCCCUUCGUUUCGCACUCCCUCUCCCCCUCUUGUCACACUCCCAUUUCCCUCGUGUCGCACUCCUUUUCCCCCUCGUUUCGCACUCCCUGUCCCCCUCUUGUCACACUCCCUUUCCCCCUCGUUUCGCCCUCCCUUUCCCCCUCGUUUCGCUCUCCCUGUCCCCCUCGUGUCACACUCUCUCUCCCCCUCGUUUCUCUCUCCCUUUCCCCCACGGUGGCACUCCCUUUCCCCUUUGAUAGCACUCCCUUUCCACAUCGUUUUGAACUCUCUUUCCCCCUCGUUUCGCACCCCAUUUCCCCCACGGUGGCACUCCCUUUCCCCCUUGAUAUUGCUACCAUUCCCCCUCGUUUCGCCCUCUCUUUCCCCUUCGUUUCGCACUCCCUCUCCCCCUCUUGUCACACUCCCAUUUCCCUCGUGUCGCACUCCUUUUCCCCCUCGUUUCGCACUCCCUGUCCCCCUCUUGUCACACUCCCUUUCCCCCUCGUUUCGCCCUCCCUUUCCCCCUCGUUUCGCACUCCCUGUCCCCCUCGUGUCACACUCUCUCUCCCCCUCGUUUCUCUCUCCCUUUCCCCCACGGUGGCACUCCCUUUCCCCUUUGAUAGCACUCCCUUUCCACACCGUUUUGAACUCUCUUUCCCCCUCGUUUCGCACCCCAUUUCCCCCACGGUGGCACUCCCUUUCCCCCUUGAUAUUGCUACCAUUCCCCCUUGUUUCGCCCUCUCUUUCCCCUUCGUUUCGCACUCCCUCUCCCCCUCUUGUCCCACACCCAUUUCCCUCGUGUCGCACUCCUUUUCCCCCUCGUUUCGCACUCCCUGUCCCCCUCUUGUCGCACUCCCUUUCCCCCUCGUUUCGCCCUCCCUUUCCCCCUCGUUUCGCACUCCCUGUCCCCCUCGUGUCACACUCUCUCUCCCCCUCGUUUCUCUCUCCCUUUCCCCCACGGUGGCACUCCCUUUCCCCUUUGAUAGCACUCCCUUUCCACAUCGUUUUGAACUCUCUUUCCCCCUCGUUUCGCACCCCAUUUCCCCCACGGUGGCACUCCCUUUCCCCCUUGAUAUUGCUACCAUUCCCCCUCGUUUCGCCCUCUCUUUCCCCUUCGUUUCGCACUCCCUCUCCCCCUCUUGUCACACUCCCAUUUCCCUCGUGUCGCACUCCUUUUCCCCCUCGUUUCGCACUCCCUGUCCCCCUCUUGUCACACUCCCUUUCCCCCUCGUUUCGCCCUCCCUUUCCCCCUCGUUUCGCACUCCCUGUCCCCCUCGUGUCACACUCUCUCUCCCCCUCGUUUCUCUCUCCCUUUCCCCCACGGUGGCACUCCCUUUCCCCUUUGAUAGCACUCCCUUUCCACAUCGUUUUGAACUCUCUUUCCCCCUCGUUUCGCACCCCAUUUCCCCCACGGUGGCACUCCCUUUCCCCCUUGAUAUUGCUACCAUUCCCCCUCGUUUCGCCCUCUCUUUCCCCUUCGUUUCGCACUCCCUCUCCCCCUCUUGUCACACUCCCAUUUCCCUCGUGUCGCACUCCUUUUCCCCCUCGUUUCGCACUCCAUGUCCCCCUCUUGUCACACUCCCUUUACCCCUCGGUUCGCCCUCCGAUUCCCUCUCGUUUCGCACUCCCUUUCCCCCUUCUGUCACCGGCCCUUGCCCCCUCCUUUCACACACCCUUUCCCCCUCCUGUCCCACUCCCUUUCCCCCUCGUUUCUCACUCCCUUUCCCCCACGGCGUCACCCCCUUUCCCCCUCGAUAUCGUUCUCUUUCCCCCUCGUUUCGCACCCCAUUUCCCCCCUGUACCGCGCUCCCUUUCCCCCCUCGUUUCGCAAUCCUUUACCCCUCGGUUCGCCCUCCCAUUCCCCCUCGUUUCGCACUCCCACUCCCCCUUAUGUCACAGUCCCGACCCCCUUGCUUCGCACUCCCUUUCCCCCUCAUGUCACACUCCCUAAGCCCCCUCGUUUCUCACACCCUUUCCCCCACGGUGGCACUUCCUUUCCACCUCGAUAUCGCUGUCUCUCCCCCUCGUUUCGCCCUCCGGUUCCCCCUCCUGCGGCACUCCUCACGGUGGCACUCCCUUUCCCCCUCGUAUCGCACUCCCUUUUCCCGCACGUUUCUCACACCCUUUCCCCCCCGGUGGCACUCCCUUUCCCCCUCGUUUCGCACCCAUUUCCCCCUCCUACUGCGCUCCCUUUCCCCCCUCGUUUCGCAAUCCUUUUCCCUGCAAAUUCGCACUCCUUUACCCCCUUCCCCUGCCCCCAUGUGUAUCAUUCAUUCCCUGUCCCCCACGGUUCCAUACCCCUGCCCUCAUCCGUAUCAUUCAUUCUCCUCACCCCACGGUUCCAUUCCCCUGCCCCAUGUGUAUCAUUCAUUCCACAGCCCAUCCUUUUGCCCCCUUUCACUCACCUCCCCCAUUCCCAACAUCAGGUGGGUUGCAUACUCACACAUCGGCAGUCCCUUGGAGUGA